AUGCCAAAGCUGGCUUCGCCUUUUCUACACCUUAAGGUUCCAACCUUGAGCACGGCGGGCCGUAGCUUUGCAUCUUCACGACUGUGUCGACUUGCCCAAGCGCGACAUGGUAUCUUGAAAGAGCCUUGGUUACCUCCGCACUCGACCGCACCUCUCCUAACAACAUAUUUCUCCCCAACUCAAGUACAAAGAGAAAUCAACGGACUAGAGACAGGUCCACAGAGAGGCGACCAUAAACCGCCAGAUGAACGGGUAUUGAAACUCGGAAAGACUCUACGAACACUUUCUCCUCUUCUUCCUACAAUAUUGUAUAAUACCCUUCCUGCGAAAAUUCUAUCUCCGAGCGUCAACCUCCACCUCUUUCCAUCGACACACCCACACCUCCCCACUGUCAAAGGACGCACCCUAUACCGCGCUGCGCUGUGGACCGUUCCGGUAGCAUGGAGCAGUAUCCCAUUAUUAGGGAAUGUCAAGCUGCAGAUCCUCAGCGAGCGCAUCGUGCGCGCAGGCACAGUCCUUGACCCAGAGCGCGCAGAGAAUCACGAGUGCGGCGAUGAGCGGUUAGUCGUACGAUGGAAAACUGAGCCUCGAACCGACAGCCUGCCAUUCCACGACUCACAAAGGGAGGCUUUUACCGGGAGACGACAAAACAAUCCGAGUUCCACGCAAACCUCUGUGGGCGCAAGAACGACUCAGCCGUCACCCACACAUGGCGAUGCAUCAUCACCCUCGAAGAGCAGCGCAAAUAAGGGACUGAGUGUAUUGCUUGGCGGCGAGGAGCCGAUCUUCAAGCUCUCCAAAGAAGAGCAAUUUACCGGGUUAUUCAUUUUCUCGUUUGACGAGGAAGGGCGUAUCUUGACGCAUACGAUUGAACAUGCCGACGAGGCGAAUGGAUGGGAUCGCACCGCUAAGUUUGUGACAUUAACAGACUGGUUGAUUGGCAAGGCGCGCGGAUCGCUGGAUCCGAUACCCAAUCCUGGACUAAUUAUGGAGUCUUGCGAGGAUUAUCGGCGACGACUUGAGUCCUCUUAA